GGGGGGUUAACUUGCUCUGCCAGAGACAGCUUUUCAAUUACAUUUGUGGAAAGAACUGUGCUUUCUGCAUUAACUUAUCAGGGAGCAGUGAGCCCUCUAUUACUUGGGCUUUCAAUCAUUUUGCUGUAGCUGUUGCUCAAGUGCUAUUAUAAAUGUAUUAGCGAGUUGGAAAUCAAUAGAGGGAAUAAACGGUUGGGUCUCCGGGCUGCCAUCCUGCCCGCCUCUGGAGGUGGAUGCUAUUAGAGCUGACAGGGAUGGAGAAACCAAGAUAACCUGGUGAGAGAUGUUAUGAUGAAAGAAUAGUUUUAGCAGUAUUUUUUUUAUUUUUUUUUUAUUUUUCUUUUGUCACAGCCAGCGUAGAAAAAGUUUAAAUAGUUGUGGGUGUGAUUUCAAGCUUGUUAACUACGUGACUGGGCUGAAAACCCCAUCACUAUGGGGAAGGAGAUGUUGAAGGUUUUGUUUGUUUCAGUUCAUUGCAGAGCAACCAGUAAAUUUCAAUAACAAUGAAUUUCUCUUACAAAACAUUUGGACUGUUCUAAAUAUUAUUAUUCUACAGUCUAUAUUUUUAUUUAUACCUGAUUCUUACUCAAACAUUUGCAUUAAAUGCCACCUUUUAGUUGUAGCCACUUUGCUUAUCCCCUCACCACUUAGAUCAAAGGCUGUAAUGUAACUUCAGGUUGUUUCUGAGUGUUUAUACAGGACAUGAACUGCCGUAAUUUGGUUUGACUUACAGAGUAAAUCUAUCUCCAUGAGUCUUAGAUCUGACCAGGAAGAUGUGUGAGAACUUUCCAUUAGGAAUAGUGUGGAUUAAAAAAUUAAACAAACAAAAAACCAAACCCAAAACCAGUUUGUGAACAAGCAAUGCAUUCUUCCUAAACACACUGCUUCUGUUAAGACAAUUUAAGCAAACCCUUUCCUUCUUGCACUGGGUUGACCUGAGUCAGUGUGUUUCAAUACCUCAAACUGAAUCAAGUCAUCUGGUUUGAGCCUGGCACUGAGCUGAACUUGCCUGGGUUUUAAAGUGGUUGUGGUUGGUGGUCUCUGAGGCAGGACUCUCCUGUGGCACGUGUGUCUGAGCAUUGUUUUUUAAGGAGGCAGCCAGGAGAUAUCCUCUUGAUUGGGUUGCUUUCUUACUGCACCUUCCUCGUCUGUAAAGUAGUGGUCAUGUUAUUCUUGCAAAACAUCAUGAGAUACUGCCAAGGUUUAAAGCUGGAUGCUGCGAUUACCUUAGAUGACUUUUGUUAAUGCACAUGGCAGCCAUUCUUGGGCUGUGGAGAAGCACGUUCAGUUACAGGAGCAAAAAGAGGGGGAGAAAAAGUUGGGGUUUGUUUCCUGUUAGACUAUGAAACCAAAAAAUUUGCACUUGUUCAGUCGGCUGGAGAUCUCAGACAUGGGUUGCAUAGACUUUUCCAUAGAGUGCUCACUCGUAGCACGUAGCCAGCAAAUACAAACUGAUAGUUCAGCAGGAAGCUCAACCUCUGUGACUGACACGGCGCCUGGACUUCCCAUCCCCUCUGUGUUAGCCCUUCUCCUUUCAGGUUAAUUAGCCAAUUAGCUUGGAGCCAGGGAAGAUCAAAAGAGUGGGAGGGUGAGGGUCUCCUUGAGAGUUUAGCAUCUGCUGGCUCAAUUUGCUAGUGAGUUGGCAAACAUAUGAAACCUGUGAGCACUUUCACACUCUGCAUAGGGUAUUUUCCUUCUGCUGCUCAUGGGUCUGAGCCCUAGGGACCUGGGGCAGCUGUUUUGGGGAAGCAUCUGCCCUGGUCUGCACAGCUGCAGGGGACCAGAGUGGGACCCAUGGGAGGGGAACUGGGGAGAGAAGAGGAGGGGGAAGCAGUGGUGACCUGAGGCCCCUCUCCCUCUGGUAUUUUUCCAGAAAUGAGUAUUUGGGAGACUGAGGAGGGAGUGGGGAAUCCCAGAGCUGUUAGCUGAGGAAGAACAGGUAGAAGUGUGUGACCCGGGAGAGUGAUUUCUUGAGCUGAGCUGCCAUGCCGCCCAUGGGACUGUGACCACAGGCAGGACCAUUUGGUGUUUGGGUACCACCAUGGCUUCUCUUUGGAGCUCGCUGGAAAGAGAUGUGUUCAACCCACAGAAAAAGAGGCUGCUGGAAAACAUUCGUGUCUGGAAGACGGGGAAGAAGAAGAAAAUGUCCAUUCUCUGUGUUGUAGUGGAUGCCUUUAGGCCAAUGCAGCCAUUUCUGGUGAAGGUCAAGGUAGACCGAGGAGAGCAAUACAAGAUAGCCUACAAGUGGCCUUUAGCAGAGCUGAAGCUGGUAGAUGGCAAGACUCUCAAUCAGGCAAGCCUGGAUUUUGAUCUGCAGUUCGAUAAGGUUUACAAGUGGACCACUAGCAGCUUUGAUGAGAAGAAAACCUUUAUCAGGUGCUUGUGGAAGCUGAACCACCGAUUCCUUGCCAGCUCUAUCACAUUUGUGAAUGUCCCCUCCUGUGCAGCAGAAGGGAGACAAAGGUCCCAAGAAGACAGGAAGGACACUGCAGAAAUGGAGAGCCAGGAGGAGCUCACUGUGUACCAGGAGAUGACACCAAAGGAAGCUGCCGAUGUGUUGAAGCUGAUGGAGGAGUAUGAGCCCCUUGUGAACAACUCUGUGGCCUUUGCAGAACAGUUGAGCAAUGAUCUCCAAGUGCUGGAUGAGGCCAACCUUAGAGCCAUCAUCUCUUCUGAGAAGCAGGUGACACAGCUGAUGGGCUCUAUUGAUGAAGCCCUGGUAGAGGUGGACAGAAUGGAAGAGACCUUGCAGAUCUACGAUGAGUUACUGGGAAGCGUGAAGCAGCAGAUGGACCACAUCCACCGUGAAAACUCCUUGCUACAUCAUGUAAUUUCCAACAAGACAAGGCUGAUGGAUGAGAUCCUCUUCCUCACGACCCACCUCGACCUCGGCAAGGAACACUGUGAUGCCUUGAGCCAGGCAGAUCUUUCCAGCCCCAGCAGAGUGAAAGCCUGCAUUGCUGCAGCAGAGGCUUUGUCUGCCUGCAUGAACAUCCUGAUACAGCCUGGUUACCGGAAACUGCAGGCUGUGGCUGAGCAGCUGAUUAUGUUUGAAACGCUCAAGCAGAACUUUGAAAACUCAUUCAUCGGUCACAUUACGAACAUCUUCGAGCUGCAGGGUAAUGCUCAGGUCCCUGCUCUUGGUCAGCCCAUUGACAAGCUGUCUGCACCAAGCCACGGUCUCCACCAUGAGGAACUGGUGCCCUACACCCCGCUCAUGGCCUGGUUGAAGAGCACCAACCCAGUUCUGUUCUGUGAUCUCCCCAAGAUCUAUGCCCAGAACCUCAGCAGACUCUAUGACCGGGAAAUCAAAGCCUUUUUUGAACACGCCAAAACCUUCUUGUUAGGAAGAAGAAAAGGAAGUCUUCAGGAAAGCGCAGAGAAGCCGAUGGGGAGCAGGCAGUGGUGUCGAUGGAGCCUCCCUGGGAGCCGGGAAGGCCUGCAGGACACACCGGACAAAGGCAACGUCGUCAGGAUGUUAGAACAGGUGCUGAGAGAGCUGCAACCCCUUUGCACCGCAGAGCAGCAGUUCAUUGAGGAAUUCUUCCAGCUAAGCCGGGAUGCUGCAGACCUGCAGGUGCUGGAGGCAUCUGCCUCUAAGGAAGCAGAGAGCACGGCAUCUCCAGAGGACCCUCCUUGCGCCAAGCCUCGGAGCCAACUAGAAGAACCUACGACCCAUCUACUUUGUGAGAUCUUUAGUUGCCUGGAACCAGAGCUGAGAGGAUUCGUAGAUGUCUGCAAUAAGGUCCACCCAUUCGGCUGCUUGCAGGUCCUGGUUGCCUUGAAUGAUUCCAUCUUCGAGAUGUGGGGCUCUUCCUCAGCUCUGCCCUCAUCCUUCCUCAACACUGUCCUGGGCAACAUGCUGCUCCUGGCCAAGAGCAGCUUCAACAAAUACAUUGGGAGCUUGUGCAAAGAGAUUGAGGAGGCAAAGGUGCCCAGCAAGAUGAAAGGCGGGAUCCUGCCUGCCGUGAUCCACUUCGAGGAGUUUGUGAACUUCUCGGAGGAGGUGUUCAGGACAGCUCGGCGGAGAGGAGAGCUGGACAAAGCACAUCUCAGGCUGGCCAGCAGCGUCUUCAGCAGCAUCAAUAGUCUGUCCUCAGCAAACCUGAAGGUGAACACAGAUAUGGUCAUGAUGGAAAAUUUCUACCAUAUUCACUGCUUCCUAUGCCAAAAGAAGAUCCAUUGCUUGGAGGCUAAGAAGAUAGAAGCCAAGCAAAGAUAUAGUGAGCACAUGGAGAAAUAUGUCAUCAAGUACCUGGGCCAGCCACUGGAGAAGCUCAACCACUUCUUUGAAGGGGUGAAAGCCCGUGUGGCUCAAGGGGUGAAAGAAGAAGAGGUCAGCUUUCAGCUGGCCUACAGCAAGCAAGAGCUGAGGAAGGUCAUUGAAAAAUACCCAGGCAAGGAAGUAAAAAGAGCCCUUGAAAACCUCUACAGGAAAAUCCACAAGUAUCUCUCCCCAGAGGAAAAUCUUUUACCGGUGGUGUGGCAUGCCAUGGAGCAGGAGUUCAUACGUCAGUACCAGGAGUUUGAGGAUCUGAUCCAGCGCUGUUACAUGGGGUCAGGGAUUGCCAUGGAAUUCACCAUGGAGGACUUGCUGAGCUACUUCAACUCUAUCACUCUGUCCAAUAUGUAGAGGCAACCCUCUCUGGAAGAUGAGAGCAGCUCGGAACCCUUGUCUGCAGCUACACCUUUAAGGAGCUAAACUCAAAACCCUUCCCAAGGUGAAGUCUGACAUAUAGGGCUUCCAUCCUGAACUUAAUGCUGAAGUGCCUCUAACUUGUCAGUCUUGAGCUAGAUCUCCCUUGGAGAAGUGGAGUUCUCAGACCUAAACCACGGCUUCCCCGCUCCAAUAAACCAUUAUGCAGCUAGUAAAAAAAAAAAACUUCCCAAACCUCAAAUUUCUGCCAAAUUGAGUGCUGUUGCUGUACCCUUCUAGCAGACCGCUUCGCAGUGCAACUGAACAGUGAAAGCCAUCAUGUCUCCAGGAAUUGACUCUUUUUCAUCUGCUCUCAGAUUUCACAGUGAACCUGUGCUAAAACAAAAGGGUUAUAACACAUCAAGGCACCCAGAUGUGUGUAGUGUUACUAUAGCCUGGUAUCAGAACACGCACCACCAGCUCAUCCACAGAGACAGAUAAGAGUUCAGAGUUAUUAGUAUAAAAGGUUUUAGUGGUUUUAGCUCAGAAAGGACUUACUUACAUGUAAGCUGGAGUGGAGCAAAUGUUACAGUUAUAGAAAUCCAAACUGGUCUCUUGGGGAUAUUCCUGUUCUUAUUUCAUUUUCUUAUGAACACCCUAUAGCAACUUCACAAUUCACCAAUACAUUUUUGUUGUUGAAAA